AUGACGACUUCACGACUUGACCGGCUGGUCGUUUUACUGGAGACCGGAAGUACCCAAUUAAUUCGGAACACGGCCGCACAGCAGCUGGCCGACGUCCAAAAGAAUCACCCGGACGAACUCUUCAAUCUUCUGACUCGCGUCGUGCCUUAUCUUCGUUCACAGUCGUGGGACACCAGGACUGCUGCUGCUCGCGCCAUCGGAGGCAUCGUCGAGCAUGCGGAGAAGUACGACCCGAACGCUAUUCCUGAUGAGCUGCUGGACACGGUUACGGAUGCCGCCAAGACAGAGGGGUCGGCGGUGUCGACCUCGUUCGACCAACUGCAACUGGCGACGCUCGACGUGGAAUCGAUCCUGACGUACGGCAAAGAACUGCUGGGCAGUGCCGGCAGGCAGUACGACUUCAAACUCGCAGGCCUGACCGCCGCUGAACGUUUGACUCACCAAAAGAAGACACUAACUUCACGUCUCGGCCUCGGAGGCGAGUACAUCGAAGAUGAUCUAUUGGCAGAGAAGGAUAUCGCAGGCAGGGCGACAUCAGUCACCGCGCCGACUCUACCCAAACUCGAUACAGAGGCCUCUAAGUUCAGCGAUGAGCUCCCAAUACGGAGUCCGGAGGAUGCCACUCCACAGACUCCCGCAGGCGGAGAGAUGAGCAAGCGUCAGCUCAACAUGCUCAAACGACGCCGCAAGGAAGAAUUGAAGCGCGACAACAAGAAGUUCAAGUACGACUUUGGAGUCCGUCGCAGCAGCACAGGCCUCACGCAAACGCCUGCGGACGACGUGAAGCAAGAAAUCAAGCAAGAAAUCAAGCAAGAAAACGACGAAAAUGGUAACGGUAAUGCCGACUACUUUUCUCUGGACCGGAAAGGAGGCGACGACGACUCCAAAGUCGUUUCGGAGUUCAAAGGUGCACCAGUGGCAGAGAAGUCAGCCCUGGUCACCGAAGCCGAGGAAGAAGGCAAUGAGUGGCCUUUUGAAAGACUUUGCGAGUUUUUGACCGUUGACCUCUUCGAUCCAAUGUGGGAGAUCCGGCAUGGCGCGGCGAUGGGACUUCGAGAAAUCGUCCGAGUACACGGCGCAGGCGCGGGCAGGCAGGCAGGCAAGACUAGAGAAGAGAAUGAUCGACUCAACCGCGCUUGGCUGGAUGAUCUGGGAUGCCGCAUCUGCUGCGUCUUCAUGCUUGAUCGCUUUGCGGAUUACAUCUCCGACAACGCAGUCGCACCGAUCAGAGAGACGGCUGGACAAGUUCUUGGAUCGGUCCUGCAAUAUUUACCCGCCGCGUCCGUUCACGAAAUCAACCGGAUUCUGUAUCGAUUGGUCAUGCAAAAAGACUUGAAGGUGUCGAAGCGGAUCUGGCACGCCUGCCAUGGUGGCAUGAUUGGGAUGCGCUAUCUCGUCGCGGUACGGACUGAUCUACUUUUCGAAGACCGUUCUUUGAUGGACGGCGUGUUGGAAUGCGUCAUCAAAGGCCUUGGAGACCAAGACGAUGAUGUUCGCGCCGUCAGCGCCGCAACACUGAUUCCAGUCGCCAAGGAGCUCGUCAAUGUUCGUUCAGACGAGCUCGGACAUCUUAUCAGCGUGGUCUGGGAGUGCUUGUCAAGUCUUUCGGACGAUCUGAGCGCGAGCACAGGCUCUGUCAUGGACCUCCUCGCCAAGCUCUGUGGUUUCCCAGAAGUGCUGGCUGCCAUGAAGCAGAACGCAGCCACUGAUCCUGAGCAAUCCUUUGAUGAGCUCGUCCCCAGGCUUUAUCCUUUCUUGCGGCACACAAUCACCAGCGUGCGCUCAGCAGUGCUACGCGCACUACUCACGUUUAUCGACAUCGAAGGCGACGACACCAAAGGGUGGAUCAAUGGCAAAGCUUUGCGCCUGGUCUAUCAGAACUUGCUCGUUGAGCGCAACGACAAUGUGCUCAAACUUUCUCUCGAUGUUUGGAACGCGCUUGCAGACGCAUUGUCCUUGAAAGACGUGUAUGCAUUUGGGAAAGAAUUCGAGGCUCACGCUUGCCCGCUCGCCACCCUCACUACCCACCCGAUUGGGAUCAGCCGUCAUCCUAUCCCUAUGGACGCCACACUGUUCGUGAAGCCCUCUGGACAGACCUAUGCGCCAUUGGCUAGUGCUCGCCGCGCUUCUCCUGUGAACGGCGGAGAGCCAGCUAAGAAGCGCCGUAAGUCGGACAAGAAAGAAGCCUCUCUCCCACCCACGGCCCCCGCAACAGCGCACAAUAUUGAUGCCGCGAUGAUGCAAGGUGACAUUGAUCUUGUUGGACCAGAAGUCAUGAUCCGGAGCCGGAUGUUUGCAACUCGAGCUCUUGGCAAGGCAGUCUCGCUUUGGCCAGCUGAUCAGCGCGAGGCUUUCUUCGGACCCAUACUGCUUCCGAACCUGAAAUCCAUAUACGGUUCCACUCAGCUAUUCACGGCGAUGGCUUUUGAAGCUUUUGCAUCCUCCAUAUCCAGCCAGGACGCCCUCGCGGAUGCUGCGUCUGCGGAACUGCGAAAUCUUGUCGAAGAUGAAAAGCCCGGCUGGUAUAGCGACCUGACAAGCUAUCUUCGCAUUGCAAGAGCGCAGUGUCAGCAAUUGCUCAAUGCAUUCCAGGAGCAUGGUCAUGUUGCCGGAAGCAAGCUACCCAUCGUCGCGGUGGUCUGCCAGGGCGAGCCUGACGCCGGCAAAAACGCCUUCUCAAUCCAAGAUGCCGAGAAGAUUGUCACGCAUGACUAUGAUCGACUCAAAAAGGGCUUGUCGACCGUGCAGAGAAUGACUGCUGCAGAAGCGCUCAAUACAGCCAAAUUGGACUGUGAGGCAGCCAUCAGCGAGGCGAAUGCGGCGAGGAAGCAAGCAGAUUUGCGAGUCCGGUCAGCGGCCGCUGCUGCGCUGAUCGCCUUCAACAGCAUUCCGAAGAAGCCUCAAGCGACCAUCAAAGCUGUGAUGGACAGCGUAAAGGAAGAAGAAAACUUCGAUCUUCAGCAUCGUACUGCCACAGCUGUCGCAGGUCUGAUCAGCCGAUUCGUCCAGAGCGAGCGUCACAAGAUUGUCGAGAAAGUGGUCGGCAAUCUGGUCAAAUUCUGCUGCAUGGAGACUGGAGAAACUCCCGAAUUUCAUCCGAAUGCUGACCGCGAAGUUGCGAUCUUGUCACUGCAAAAAGACGAAGACAUUCAAGACCGACCUGACGUCGCCAAAUACGAACGCGAGGUGCGAGCCGCUCGUAUUACACGCCGUGGAGCCAAGGAUGCCCUGGAACAACUCUGUCAAACAUUCGGAAGUGAAUUGUUCAAAAAGGUUCCGAAGCUGCAGGCUGUGAUCGAAGGCCCCAUUCGAGAAUGCUUUACAGGCGAGCUGCCUGCGACCAUCACCGAGCCUGACACUGACCUCGGCCAAGAAGCCGUGGACGCCCUGUCGACGCUGCGCGCUCUCAUCGCUACCAUCGAUCCCGCGUUGCACUCUUGGGUUCUGGAACUCCUGCCAUACAUUGCCAGGGCACUUCAAUGCAGACUUGCGGUACUGCGGUACACGGCUGCGAAGUGUUUUGCCAGCGUUUGCAGUGUCAUCACCGUGCAGGGCUUUACUAUGCUUGUCGAACAGGUCGUCCCGCCCAUCAACAACGGCCACGAAGUCACGCACAGGCAAGGUGCAAUCGAGUGCAUCUAUCAUCUCAUCCAAGUCAUGGGCGAUGGCAUUCUGCCAUAUGUCAUUUUCCUACUGGUGCCGGUCCUUGGACGCAUGAGCGAUUCUGAUGGAGGUGUGCGCCUCAUCGCGACGACAUCCUUCGCGACCUUGGUCAAGCUGGUCCCGCUGGAAGCAGGCAUUCCGGAUCCGCCGGGCUUGCCUCAAUCGUUACUUGAGGGCAGAGACCGAGAGCGCAAAUUCAUCGCGCAGAUGCUCGACCCGAAGAAGGUGGAGCCAUUCAACAUCCCUGUUGCGAUCAAGGCCGAACUGCGGUCUUACCAGCAAGAAGGCGUGAACUGGCUGGCAUUCUUGAACCGCUACCAUCUUCAUGGUGUGCUAUGUGACGAUAUGGGAUUGGGCAAGACGCUGCAAACUCUCUGCAUCGUUGCCAGCGAUCAUCACCUUCGCGCUGAGGAGUUCGCCAAGACCCAAGCUCCAGACGUUCGACGCCUGCCGUCCCUCAUUAUUUGCCCACCGACAUUGACCGGGCACUGGAAGCAGGAAAUCCGGACGUACGCGCCAUUCUUAACAGCGGUGGCCUACGCUGGGCCACCUGCCGAGCGCGGCAAGGUGCGCGACCAAUUGGCAACGGCUGAUGUUGUCAUCACUUCUUACGACAUUGCUCGCAACGAUGCCGACAUCUUGACACCAAUCAACUGGAACUACUGUGUACUAGACGAAGGUCACUUGAUCAAGAACCCGAAGGCAAAGGUCACACAGGCUGUGAAGCGACUGCCGAGCAAUCAUCGCCUGAUUCUCUCUGGGACGCCAAUUCAGAACAACGUGUUGGAGCUCUGGUCACUCUUCGACUUCCUCAUGCCUGGAUUUUUGGGCACGGAGAAAGUGUUCCAGGAUCGCUUCGCCAAGCCCAUCGCCGCCAGCCGUUUCGCCAAAUCCUCGUCAAAGGAGCAGGAAGCUGGAGCACUUGCAAUCGAGUCUCUUCACAAGCAGGUGUUGCCAUUCUUACUCCGUCGGCUGAAGGAAGAAGUGCUCAACGACUUGCCGCCAAAGAUUCUGCAAAAUUACUACUGUGAUCUAAGCGACCUGCAAAAGAAGUUGUUCGAUGACUUCACCAAGAAGGAAGCGAAGUCGCUGCAGGACAUGGCUGGCAAUCCGGACAAGGAAGCUAAGCAACAUAUCUUCCAAGCUUUGCAGUACAUGCGCAAGCUUUGUAACUCGCCGGCCAUGGUCAUGAAAGAAGGUCACAAAUCGUACGAAGACAUUCAGUCCAUGCUUGCCAAAGACAAGUCCAGUCUGACAGAUCCCAAACACGCCCCAAAGCUGACUGCGCUGCGCGAUUUGCUUGUCGACUGCGGUAUUGGUGUCCAGCACGCUGACAACGGUGGCGUCCCCACCGCUGAUCAAGCAGUGUCACAGCAUCGGGCACUGAUAUUUUGUCAGAUGAAAGAGAUGCUGAACAUGGUCGAAGACACCGUCUUGAAGAAAAUGCUGCCCGGUGUGACUUUUUCCCGCUUGGACGGGUCCAUCGAACCUUCAAAACGUCAAGACAUUGUGAAUAAGUUCAACUCAGAUCCCUCGAUCGACUGUCUUCUGUUGACCACCAGCGUCGGCGGACUGGGUUUGAACUUGACGGGUGCGGACACCGUCAUCUUCGUGGAACACGAUUGGAAUCCGCAGAAGGAUCUUCAAGCUAUGGAUCGCGCCCACCGCAUCGGACAGAAGAAAGUGGUGAAUGUUUAUCGCCUGGUGACUCGUGGGACACUUGAAGAGAAGAUCUUGAAUCUCCAGCGCUUCAAAAUCGACGUCGCCUCUACAGUGGUGAAUCAGCAGAACGCAGGCUUAGGCACCAUGGAGACUGACCAGAUCCUGGACCUGUUCAACCUCGGAGAGACUGAUCCGAACUUGGCCGUCGGCGAGAGCGUAGAGCCAAAUGGUGUCGACGAGUCCAAUGCAGUGGAUGCAGAAGGAAACAUGAGGGAAAAGGGCAAAAAGGGCAUACUCGAUGAACUCAGUGAGCUUUGGGACGACAAGCAGUACGAAGAGGAAUUCAACCUUGAUGGGUUCCUCAAGACGAUGAAGGCAUGAUGGAAUGAAAGGAUUUAUUGGAUAGAGCGAGCAACGCAGUACCUGAACAGAGCGGAUGUCACGGUCGGGGUUUGGUACAAGAUAGCCUCGAGCUCCCGCACAGGCAGCACGGCUUACUGAGACGACAGCAUUACACUGUAUGAAAUGUACAAUAUUGGCUUGUGA